GCUCCUUACCGACGCCCAGAUCCCAGAGUCUCCUUGUGUUGGUUGUGACAGUGAGCUCCUUUCACUGCUACAGAUGUGGCAUCCACGUGAAAUGGGAGAGUCUGAUCCCUUGGUGGUACAAACCAUCACAGAUUUGAAAGAGAUUCUCUGGACUUCAGCUGCCUUCUUGCAAGGUGUUCAGGAGCUGGAAGCUGACAACUUCCAUGGUGCCCUUACCUUCCUCCAAGCAGCUGCAUCUGGGCUAUGUUCUAAGCGGGUCCUUGCCCAAAUCUUUACCUUAAUGGGAAGCUGCAACCAGAAAAUAGGCAAGCCACAAACAGCACUGCAGCAUCUGAAACGAGCACUGGAGGUGGACUUCACCUUCCUCCCAGCCUUGUACCAAGCAGCUCUGUUGUACCAUCAACUGGGGCUCUUGGAGGCUGAGCUGGAUGCCCUGCUGCUGCUUUAUCAGGCUCUAGAUGGUCCUCCAUGGGUAACCCCCGAGUCCCACGACCCCCCUUUCCUCAUCCGAACAGAGUUCCUUACCCGUGGAUGCCGUCCGGCUGCUUUCCUCGUCCCAAGCUGCCCAUCAGGAGUGAAAUACCUGCUGGCGCAGAGAUGUCUGCAGGCGGAGAGGGCAGCUGCGGCAGCGGAACAUUACCUGGACCUUCUGGCUCUCUCGCAGGAAGGGCCUCUUCCCCAGGUGUCUCAGUGUAGCGAGCUGACCAUGCCCAGGACUCCAGAGGUGUUUCUGGAAGCGGCCUCUGCUCUGGAGGAGGCGGGCAGGCACCAAGAAGCCAUCAUGGUGUGCGAGGAGGUGGUCUCCCGAACAAGCAAACUGAUCCCAGCGAGGCUGCGCAUCGUGCUGGGCUUGAGUUCCGAAGAGAAGGCCACAGGGGUGAAGAGACCCUCCUUGGCAAAAUCUCCUGCUAUCAUCCUGAAACAGCAGCGAGAGAGCCUGCGCUGUGUCCUGUGGCGAGCAGCUGCCCAUUUGAUACAGGGCUGGGCAAGAGCCAGGCUGGAAGAAACGAAGGAAGCCAUAAGCAGCUUUAGCAGGUGUCUUAAUGAUCUCCUGAGAGUCCAUUUGGUCAGCACAGGCAGCUGCAGAACUGAACAGGAGAAAGAGCAAAUGGCCCUACCCGAAGCAGAGCUGCUCUCCCAAAUCAGACUCCUGGCCUUGACAGGAAGAGGGAUACGGUUUCUGGAGCUGGGGAGGUUCAAGGAAGCCUUGAUGGAUUUUCAGUACAGCUUGCACAUCUCUCCAGACAGCUGCACAGCUACCUUGUACUUACUGCACACCCUCUGGAAACUUGACCGGAAGCAGGAGGUAGUUGCACGCUGGCCAGAGCUCCACUCAGAUGCUGGCCCGAUGGAGGAAGACACAGGAAGAUCUUUCCCGUUAUACCUGCAGUCAUGUGUGAAACAGAUGGAGUUUCCUCACAAGGAAUCCUUUGCCAACGAUAUAAAAAGCUAUCUCAGGGAAAACGGCCAGGCGCUUUAGCGCUGCAGUGGUUUCUCUUCUUUUCCCUUGCCAACUUUCCUUUUAGCUCCCUUUCUAAAUGGGGUGGGUCUCCAGAAUUCAUUUUUGCUUGUGGGAAGAAGCAGCUUUCUGUUUUGAGUUCCUGGGGGCAGGGAGUGGGAGAUGUGACUUUUUUUUAAUGGCAGGAGAGGGUGUGCGUGGCAGAAGCCCUACAUUGUUUGCUCCCACGUAAAUAUCUGCAAGAGAGUUCUGUCUCAUGAAACUUGCUUGUAUGAGUCAGGAGGACUUUACACGGAUCUGGAAGUGGAUAAGAGACCCAGGCACAGGUCCAGAGAACAUGGCUGCACUCGGUAAUGGAGGAGGCAGGAAAAGGUCUCUUGAAAUCCUCAACAUGCAGCAGUUAAGAGAAACAUCCAUCGUUUCGAGAGCCUCUACUUCAGUUGCCAGAGUAUGGAUAAGGAGGAAUUACACAUAGGUAUCAUGGAAAUCUGCUGAGAUGAGAGUCAUGAUUGAAAUGUGGAGCUCAGCCAAAAUGACUUGUUCUAAAGAAGUAAGGCCCAGCACAUUGCAAAACAGAGUUUUGGAUGUAAAGAAACAAUAUGCCUGAAUAUGGAAGUGCUGCUGAGACCAUUUGGGAAAGAUUAAAAGGAAUUAGAAACAAAAUUAUACUGUUGUGAGAGCUGACUGUAGCCCCCUUCACCCAGGCAGAGGAUGCAGAUAAUUCCUUUCUAAAUCAACUCUCGGGACGGCAGGCUGUAGUGGUAAUGAGAGUCUUCAGUUAUCCCAGUAUUUGCUGGAAAAUUGAGAGUAGAGAUCCAGCAGAUUUCUCAUCUCUCUUGGUAACCGGUGAAUGGAACAUAAGCACCACACUCCUUACAUCCAGCCAAAGCCUAUCUGAAAGUUGUUUUCCUCCCAGCCCCCCCCCCACACCUCUGGGGACGUAAGCAUGAGAUGCAAUCACCUCUUCCCUCCCCAGGCCUGCAACUAGUAUAUGGGAGCAGUCUGCCCCCAGCCUGGAGAUAACAUUGAAGUCUCCCAAAUUAUUGGUCUUGAUAGACCUCUGUGAUUUAUUUAACCCACUAUUAAAGUCAUCCAAAUCAGUGGCCACCAUGCCUUAUGGUAAUGAUGUGUAAAGAAGUGCUUUUAUCUGUCCUAAAUUUCUUUUUAUUUCGCUACAUGGGUGAUCCCAUGUUCUCCCUAUCUGCUUUCUGCAUGCAAUGCAUGAUUUUCUAUUUAUACACUUUGAUCACAUCUCCUCAGUCUCCUUUUUUCUAAGCAACAACCUGGCAAAAGCAGCAGAUGGCAGCAUCUAACUGAUCUUGGAAAAGCUAAGGAUUAAAUCCAGGUAAUACUUAGAUGAAAAAUGACUAGGAAUCCUAGGGUUAUAAGGUAAACUGGGAAGUAAAAAAAACCCUGGGCAGCAAGGAAGGGCCAGCAGGAAGCCCAUAUGCCUAGAAGGAAGAAAGGGCAAACCAUUUUUGUAUACUUGUUUUCAUUGAAUUUCUCCAACACCCUCUUAAAAUCAUUCAAGCUAUUGGCCAUCAGUAUGUCUUUGAUUACAUGUGAUCAAGUCAGUGUUGACUCUUUCUUACCACCUAAGAUAAACCUCCAGAAUGGUUUGACUCCAACCUGAAGGAUGUCUUCCAGUGGUGUAGCCACUGCCAUUGUAAUCAAGUUCAUCUGCUGGUUGUCCUUUUUUCCCUUCCAUCUUUCCCAGCAUUAUGGACCUUUCAUGGAAGCUGGUUAUUUGCAUAAUGUGUCCAAAAUAUAAUUUAACCUUGAUCAUUUGUGUCUUGAGGGAGAACUCUGGAUUGGUUUGUUGGAAGAUCCAUUUUUUUAUGUUCUUGGCUAUCCAUGGUAUUCUCGGGAGUCUUCUUCAACCUCAACGUUCGAAAGCGUCAAUACUUACCUAUCUUCUUUGAAGUCCAAUUUCUGCUUCCAUAGAGGAUUGCAGGAAACAUCAUGGCUUGCACAAUUCUGAUCUUUGUAGGCAUAGGCAUGUGGCAUUUGAAUAUCUGCUGCUCUGCCAAGUGCUAGUCUCUGGCAUAUUUCUUGACUGCUUGCUCCUUUACUGGUGAUGGUUGAGCCUAAAAAGCAAAAGCCACCCGCCACUUCAGUGUCUUCAUUGUCAAUUCUAAGGCUGGUUGCUUUCUGUGUUGUCAUUAAUUUGGUCAUCUUUAUAUAGAUAGCAAUCCAUAAACCACAGUGAAGCUUAUUCCAAGACAAACUUUCUCAAGAGCCUCUGGUGGGGGGAACUUUGUCAAAGGCUUGAUGGCAUUCCAAGAAUGCAGUAUCAAGAGGGCCGACUCCAUUCAUACACCAGAUCCCAAAGGUUGACGAAGCAGGAUUUUCUUCUGCAGAAUCCAUGCUGAUUUUCUCCCAGAAAAGUUCAUUCCUCUAUGUGCUUAAUGAUCUUUUCCUUUGGUUACCAUUUCUACCCAUUUAUCUGGUAUAGACAUUAACCUAACUUGACUAGAGUUUCCCAGGCCUCCCUGAAUCCCAUUUUAAAAAUUAACCGUGGAAGAGAUCGUGAGCCUUUCCUUUGCUGAAUGCUGAGCAGAGGCUGAUGGUCAUCUGGUGGGGAUGCUAUUUUAGUGAAUUCCUGUACUGGAUUUGACAACAUGGUUUCCAAAUCCAUUUGAACCCUCCAACUUUGUAAUUCUGUAAAUAUUAAGAAUUUCCUGGUGGUAAGAGCUGUUACGCAGUGGGACGGUCUACCUAGAAGAGUGGUGUACUUACAGAGGGGUUCAGGAUGGCCCCGAUAGGGAUUAUUUAGAGGAUUCUUCGUUGGAGAUUUGAAUUCAGCAGGACCCCUUGCUAAAGGAUGCUAAAGUGCGAAAAGAAUGCCAAGUAAAUAGCAGUGGCCUGUUGAGAAAGAAAAGUGCUCAUAAUACCAUCUUGGAUGCAGAAGCCAAGCCAGUUCUCAAUGAAUGCUGACGUUCAAGAGUGGAGAGAAGAGAAGCAGGAAGUUCCUUUUGUCUCUUAAACACAGAGACCCAUUUAACCCACAGUGGGCCAAGGCAGGGACAGAGGCAGGGUGAGACCCUUCCCCUCAUCUCUUGCUCACCAUUGGCUGUGAUGCUCAAGAGGCUCAUAGGUGCAAAGAGAUGGUGCAGCUGCUGCCACUUUCAUGGAGUGGUGGGUUGGGUUGGGGAAAACAUCUGUUUCAUCUCUUUAAAUCUGACUCUUGCUUGGAAAAAAACAGAGAACUCAGAGAAUAGAAAUGGAAAGUAUUCGGUUGUCGUCUUGCCUGGUGAAAUAAUUUGUGGGGAAAUUCCAGCCAGCAGCAAGCCAAGCCGAUCUGACAAGAAAAGCAAACAUCCCCUUUUUCUGCAUCCAGAUGCUGCUUAUCUUGCUGCCCUUCUCCACAAUCCUUGUUACUUUGCAUCUAAAUUGAAGAAGGAGGCAGCAGAGAUGGUCCGGAAGGGCACACAGAGGUCCCCUCCAAGCAAACUGAAACAAGGUGAAAAUCAAGCCAUAGUUAUAAAGAGACUGAGCCCAAAACAUACAGAAAAGAAAAACAAUUUAAUUUGCGGGCCUGUUUCUUAUUCCUAAUGCAUUUCAGAAGCGGAGAGCAGGCUUUCCCAAAACUGGUAAAUAAUAGUGGGAAUCACUCUCCUGAAGCAAAGGUCAAACUGGGCCCCUGCUUGGUAGCUGUCCUGUAAGGAGCAAAAUCAAGCGGGUGGCUUCAAGGAGGCAUGGCGAAGGCAGCAGCUCGGGUGCUGGCUGGGGAGUUCCGGGAGUUGGCAUCCGCAUGUCUUAAAAGUGGUUGUGAUUGAGGAGCACAGCUGUAGAUCAGGCACUCCGUUCAGGGGAAGGAAAAGAGAAUCUUGAGGGCAGAAGAGAGCCCAUUUGGACCCAUCAAGAAGACCCUAUAAAAAGCUAGAGAACGUGUUCAACGGCUGGGCUGAACUUCAGGAUCUAUUACGGGAUAGCGGGUAACAACUGGGGGAGGACUUUGGCAUCAGUACCUGCAAAGUAGCUGGGAAAACUCCACCUGUAGUAAAGAACAAAAGUGAUAAUGGCCUGGUGCUAAGACCUACAGGUGUGCAGGGUAGAGGACUGAAAAAUUAAUCCCCCAAAGUUGAGCUUGCUGGGGUUUCCAUUAUUGGCUGCCGUAAUGAACUCUUUGCACAAAAACACUUUUGUAGAAAAAAAAUUAUUCUGGAUACAGCAUACUAAAAUUAACCAUCAAGAAUUGUUAGAAGAAUGCACACACAAGAUGCUUCAGGCCUACAUUUGUUAGGGAAAAAUAAUAGGAUCAAAGAAUUAGGAAUGAUCUCACAGGUCAUCUAGUCUGACCUGGCUGAAUGCUGCCCUGGGCCUCUAAGGGUGGCACAGCAACCAUGGCAGGCUGAAUGUUGCCCUUUCUGGAGAAUGCAAGCCGGGGGGGGGGGGCGAUAAGCCCACCAAAUUAUCUUAAUACAAGAAACAAAUCUGGGAGUGAAAAUACAGCCCAGUUGAGCCUCUUCCAUUAUAAGGAUGGAGUUAAUCCAAUUGCCUUUCUGGCCAUGCCUGACCAGCGUUCAGACAGAGAUGGUGAAAUGGAGCAGUCUUAUCCAUGGAAGCACUAUUAAGUAGAAGCCAAAAUGUUUCCCUUGGGAUAGUCUCAAAGGGAGUUGUCCAAGGCCACAUGUCAGCCUUUGUACUGUGCACGGUCAGAAAAUAUCUUCAUUUAGUAAUUGGAUUAAGUGCAUAGUGUGAACCCAGCCAAAUUGUAGUCACUUCUCUGGUGAUCUCAUUUUGACUUAAUGGGAGCAAUUAUAAUUUUUUUCUAGGCAGAAAUCCUGGAGGAACUGCGGUGGUUUCACAAGCGGCAUGACUGUCGCAAAGGGUGGGUGGAGUGGUGAUUUCAUCUCAUUAACCACUUGAAAAAGUUAAUGGGUGACUUACUUCCUUCCAAUCUUCCUCUGAGCAGUGAUUCUUUGCCUUUUGUAUCUUAAGUCCCUCCCUGCUAGAAACCAGAAGCCCAUAUUUUCUGAGAACGUGUAUGUUUGCAGGAAUCCUUCUCUUAUAUUGGGAUUUCGAAGGGCCUUAAAACCUGGUUCUUCGACGCCCCUUCCUUCCCUCCCGUUCCCCUCUGCCAUCCUUGCCUCUCUGUCUUGUGCCGUGUUUUCUGUUUUCCAUGUUGUUCUUGGUUUCUUAAAUGUUUUAACAACUCUAAACCACCCAGAGUGGGAGUCAGGCAGCAUAUAAAUUUAAUCCAUUAUUAUUAUCAUCAUUAUUAUGCAAUCAUUUACGGUCUGCUUUAAAGAUCAACGUUUCGGUGACUUACCCUGGGCCCUGCCAGGACAGCUUCUGAGACUUAGUGGUAGCGUUUAUUUUUGCACUGCCAUAUCCCCAGUGGACUCCUGGUGCUCAUAGUGUGUGGCCGCCAACUGAGAAGCAUUGCUGUAAAGGGUUUAUGCGACUUUCUUAACAUGUAUUUGAAUUUUGCUCAUUUUAAAGAGCGAAUGCCUUAGCUCACCAGAGCUUGCUUUGCACAGUAUUUGGUCAUCAGCUCCUGAAAGUGCUCAGAGCUGCCUUGGACUCACGCCUCCUUAACCCCCUUCGUAUAGGCCCGGUAUCAUCUCAGGGGUGCUGACGCAACGGCAAGACCCCCCCUUCCCCCAUCUGCUCACGGGAGCAGCGGAAUCAGCCAUCAGUCCUGAAGCUGUGCCCAAAUGAUAGGAGGCUCCUGACUGCCCUCUCUGGUGCCAUCAGCAAAAUCCUCUUCCUGCAUUGCAGAGGAAUUUCCAAGAAAAGGGCACCUUUUGCAUGGCUUCCGACUCCCAUAUCUUUACC